AUGUCGAUCGAUGUUCACCAUCACGUUUACCCACCCGUCUUCACCAAAAAACUCAACGAAGCUGGUGGAGAUCCAUCCGGGUGGUUUGUCCCGGAUUGGACACUCGAAGCAGACCAAGAUCUCUGCAAGGCUAUAGGCGUGAAAACAGCCAUUCUCUCUGUGACAGCACCUGGCACAGCAUGUACGGGCGACCCUACUACCGCGGCGACACUCGCGCGAGAGUGCAAUGAAUACGUCGCCGCGAUUCGCGACCGCCACGCAGAUGCAUACGGCUUCUUUGCCGUACUUCCAUCCCUGAUUGACACUGAUGCGUGCCUCAAAGAAAUUGCCUACGGCCUUGAUCACUUGCACGCUGACGGGGUCAUCGUGUACACACGCUACGGAGACGCGAAUGGCUACCUUGGACACGCUCAGUUUCGUCCCAUUUGGGAGGAGCUUAACAGGCGCAAAGUCGUCGUCUUUGUUCAUCCGACGCACUCUGUCGACACGGCACUCAUCAACAGCAAGCUACCCCAGCCCAUGUUCGACUACCCCCACGAAACAGGGCGCACUGCGAUUGACCUCAUCACGUCGGGUGCGCUCCGCGAGUACUGCCAGGAUUGCAAAAUAAUCUUGUCCCAUGCGGGCGGCACGCUCCCGGCCCUCAUUGGCCGCGUCGCGGGUUUGCUGCCCUUCACGGCGCACUCUGUUGCCCGCACGGCUGAGCAACUGCGUGAGGAUGCAAAAAUGUUUUACUUUGACACGGCUCUUUCGAGCGAUCCUGCGACGCUCGCCGGCUUGGUGAAAGUUGCGGAUCCAAGCCAUAUUCUUUUUGGCAGCGACUUCCCUAACGCACCUAACGAUAGCAUAACGUACUUCACCAAACGGAUGCACAGUGUCGCGGCCGAUGCGGGUGUCGAUAUCGAGAGCGUUUGCUCUAGAAAUGCGCUGAAACUCUUCCCCAGAUUAAACAAAGACUGA